AUGGUGGAAGCGCCACGCAACCCGCAGUUACCUUCAGGUUACGACGAGGAGUUUGUCAAUGAAGUUGAAGAUGAUUUCAUUUGCUCGAUUUGUCAAUUGACGUUAAAAGAGCCUGUUCAAACAAGAUGCGGUCACAGAUUUUGCAAUGCAUGCCUCGAGGAACAUUUGAGAAGGUACGUCUAUUUAAAAUGACUGAAUUCUAUGAUAUGUUGAAAUAGCUGUGAUCCAAAACCUUGUUACCUUAAAGUAGAGUACAAAAUCCGGCACAGUGUUUUAGUGGGAAACUCGACAGUACGGACAUAACAGCACGGAAAGUCAUCCCUUUUUACCAAGGUAAUUAGGCAAAUAACAGUCACCUCAGCUUAAACAAUUAUUUAGUACGACGGCCACGUCUGUCAAUUUUAGUUUUUCAAUAGAAUAGAAAUGAAGCUUAAAAUUUGUUCGCGCUUUUUAGAGACCACUUUAGAUUAUGUUAUUAGCAUAUUGGUGAGUUAAGCUCGUUUUCUAUUCAUCAAAUUUUCAAAUGGCAAAAUGUUUUCGUUUCCUCUGUUUAGAGAUGAGUAGCCAUUGUUUGAUGUCAUUGAUCUGUUAAGGAAUACGGACCAAUCUGGUUUCACGUGAUAGAUCAGCAAAUGGUUAUUCUUGCGUAACCUGGCCUUCUAGCCUGCCGACGUCUCCCAAUUUCUUUGAAACAAAGCGAAAGCAAAGGGAAUGUAUAUCUCCCAUAAUACACCCUUUUUGCCCCCCAGAUUUUGCAUAAGCAUUAAAUUGUCUUUUGUUUCUCUUGGGAGCACUGUAAUACCCUAGAGAAAUCAAAGACAAAGGUUGUGCAAAUUAAAGUUUUUGGGGGGCCGGGUGGGGGAGGAGCAACAAGGUGUAUGACAUGUGCAAAUAGCAAAUGCAGAAUUUGCCGAUUACAUUAAAUUAAUUGCUUGUAGACACAUUUACACUUUUAACACAGUAGCUUCUAACUCAAACUGUUUCAAACAGUUUCAAAACGUAAAUUGCAUGUUUUCCUUUUUAUCUGUUUUUUUUGUAUAUUUAUUCAUUUACUCAUUUUAAUUAUUGUCUCUCACACCGAAAAACAGACAAGAAGCUCAGAACCAGCCUUACACUUGUCCUGCAGAUAGGAAAGGCCUGGACCGAGACCGGGUAAAUAACUUUCAUUUACCUUGUAACCUUUGUGUCUAUUGCGUUUUGGUCUUCAGAGUCUAGCUAUUCUGUUUACUUAACCCUUGCUCGCAAAAUGAAGCAUACAGUGUAAAAAUCUGAAACCAAGUAAUGAAUCAAUAAAUUUUUUAAAACUUUUAGAACAAGACAGUUUUAUCCACGCAUUGACCCCACUUUUAUUGAUGAAAGUGCGAGAAUAAUUUCAAAAGUAUUUAAGCAAUUUAAAGAAAGUCCAUCUUCGAAUGAUAAUCAUAAUAAUCAUCAUCAUCAACAACACAAAGGUCUCAUACGUUCUAAUCAAACGUUGACAGAAGAAAUAAAUAAAAAAACUGCCCUUUGAAUCAAAGAGACUCAUAUUGGAUUGAUCUUGAGCACUGCAUUUAAUUUUCUUUCCAAUUAUACUGCAGGAUGUAUUUCCUGACAACGCAACAGGAAGGAAAAUUUUGUCAAUGGCGAUCAAAUGUCCAAGUGACGGUUGUUCGUGGAGUGGUGAACUGAGAGACAAAGAGGUAAAAACCCAAAACAAAAAUUAUAUCCAAGGCGCGUUGGUCAUUUCCAAGUUGAAUACCUUUGAAACUGAAUAAAUCAAAUAUUUUGCUUAUGCGUUGCUACGCGUCCUGAAGACUGAAAGUGUAAAGGGGUAAAAUGCAAUGAUUGAGCUGAAUUACAACACGACAAAGUAGACUUUUUGCCAGGGCUUUUCGUCACGCCUUUUAAAAAAAUAUAGACCUUUUAGCUUGUAUGUUUUUUCCCAUUUCAGAUCACGUGACAGAUACCCCAGAGAACUGUUUUUUUUUCUAACGUCAUCAUAUGAUGCACAAGAGAAUGAGCUAGCUCAUUCUCUCUUGGUACGCAUAAUUUAGGAAACACAGAGACACAAAGUGACACAGGCUAUUCUCAAUUAUUCGUUAACAAAAAUCCUCACGAAUUUCUUGACUGGCGUCGAAACUAAGACAUUUGGUAGUUCGGAACUCAAGAAGAAAAAGGAAAGAGAUCACUUCUUCUCUAGCGAUCUUUCAAUUCUCACAAGUUGUUAUUAUUUACAACAGGCUCACCUGGAAGCUUGCCCGUUCAAAAUUGUUACUUGUACCAACGAAAAUUGCCAUGCGUCCGUGAAAAGAAGAGACCUAGAACAACACAUGACAAACACGUGCGAGUGGAGGAUCAUAGAAUGUGAAUUCUGUAAAGAACCACACCCAAAGAGGCACUUGCAGGUAAACAGAAUUAAAAAUAACAGGGACUCUCUUUUUUAAGCCCUCUGCAAUAGUUUUUCCAGUUGACGAUGGAUACCUCUUUCGUUUGAUCUUGACUCAGAUGUGUGAGCUGAAACUUUUCCCUCAUCGGACGAAGCACCGUAGUACUGAGUACAAGUUUUCUCUUGGUUUACAACGGCCUGAAAAAUGACGUUUUUCGGUUUAAGUUUAAAAAAGUUCUAUAUUUGUGUUUUUGCAGAAUCACUUGGAAAACUGCAGUAGGUUUCCACUCCUUUGCCCCAGUAGCUGUGGAGAUGUAAUUCCUAGAGAAAUGGUAAUUAAUGCAUUUCAUUGUAGUUUAAGUGACGUCAUUGAGGAUCGGAGAAACCGAGAUCAGGCUCAAUUUUAGCGGUUCUCAUACAUUCUCUCUAACGGCUACCGCUAAAAGUUUUCGUUUCGCCUUGCCCGUCGCAAUGUUAUUUACAAAGCGAAACGAAAAUUGAGGCUGAUCUCAGGUUAGAUCGGAGUAUAGCAUCAUCGCAGGCCUUUCUACCUUGCUGGUAAGGCUGCUGGCUGUUUUUCUUGGCAGUUGCUUGUUUUAAAAAGUUUUAAUUGAUUUCCCCUUUUAAAUGGACAACAAAAACCUCAUAGCGAGUAAACAAAUAUAUUAUUAUUUUAUAUGUGAACUUCGGCGGAAACAAAUCGAUAUGGUCGUGGUCCUUGAAGCGUUGUGUUCACGUGACCAAAGCGGUUGCAAAAAAAAGAAAAAUAGAUAAAUGUAGAAAAUGUAGGCUUCAAAUUUAGAACUUUCUAUUUUGACCUGAGGGGCAGUCAGUCGGGUCGAGAGAAAAGGCGCGACAAGAACAAAGAGUCCCUUCCGCUAGUGCUUGAAAACAAGUGGAACCGUGUUUCUCGACCCCACUGGAAUGCGCCGAGGUUGAGCUAAUGUAAAAGUGUUAAAUAAAAGGCCAUGCUUAGCAUUGGGUCCCGAGUCAGUUUGCUUAUUUAAUUUCAUACUUUCUAUUUAGAUUCCAAACCACAUUGUUAACGACUGUCCUCUGUCUUUGGUCUCCUGUCCAUAUGCUCAAAUAGGAUGCAUUAAAAAGGUUUGUUCUUGAUCAAUAAUACAAUAAUAAAGUCUGCAGAGAUGUAAAACAGUGUAAAUUGUACAUUUUGCAACAGCGAUCUGUUUCUGUUGACUGUUUCGCAGACGGAGUUAACCAGAGUUUAGUUUCCUCUGUGGCACAGACUAGUGUUGUCAGGAGAAGCCACCCACGGUUCUUUAACCAGUGAUUCUAUUUACACCCCCACACCACUCCGGCACUUAUAAUUAAACAAUUACUACACAAACACAAACUUUUAUAUACGCUAAAUUUAUAUGCUAUUUUCUGAGAUAAUUUGUCUUCUAUUUUCAGUUUCAGCGCAAAAACGUGGAUUCUCAUCUUCAAUCAAACAUGCGAGAGCAUCUUGACUUAGCUUGUGUUAAACUUAACAGCACACAGGUUCAGUUGAAUGAGCAACGAGUUCAGUUGGAUGAGACACGAGUUAGGUUGGAUGAGACUCGAGUUCAGUUGGAUGAGACACGAGUUCAGUUAGUAGAAACACAAGCCAAAUUAAGCUGUUUAACCGUUCAAGAUGGUCGCAAAAAAUGUUUUAUUUGGAAGAUUAAACCGUUCAGUGAAUGUUUCAGGCAAGCAAAGGAGGGAGUAAAGGAAAUGAUGGAAAGUGAUCCAUUCUACACUGGACGUUAUGGCUACAAACUAAAAGUGUUUGCCGAUCCUUGCUUCAGCAGGGGAUACCUUUUACCGAACGUUAACCGUGGUCCGCAUCUCUCGAUCGGUGUCUUUUUAAUGAAAGGUGAAUAUGAUGAUAUAUUACCCUGGCCUUUCAGCACAAACAUAAUGUUCACAAUAAUUGAUCAAAACGAGGAUAUCAGACAAAGAAAAAAUAUUACAAAAUCUAUGAGCCCACGAGGUCUGAGAUGGUUUGGUGACAUGGUAUUCUUAGAAAGACCAGGGGAAAAAAUAAAGGAAGUUAAAAGUGAGCCACUGAUGGCGAUAUCUCAGGAGACACUUCAAACAAGGCGCUACAUUUUAAAUGACACUUUGUUUCUUCAGGUCGAUGUAGAAACCUAUUCAUUUGACUAGUUAUCACCUUGUUCCGUUUCUUUUCAACUGAAUCAUUCACAUACUUUUUUAUACAGCCCACAGGUCUAGAAAAUUGGAGACCUUUUCUAAAGAGACGGGGUUAUUCACGUUUCAGUCAGUUAGUAUAUGGCUCUUUUGAGUAUUCUCUACGUAUGCUGCAGAACUGAGAACUUUGAUAUUUAAAUGAACUGAUUUUAAUAAAUUAACGCUUAAUUUGUAACCACAUUUGCUUUGAAUAAACGCCCACCCUCUCAGCCAAUCUAGAAAAUACAUAACGUCAAACCUGUAUUAAAGUCACUCACUGUUUUAACAGUGGUCACUUGCCCUUAUCGAUUCCUUUUUUUCAUUGUCCUUGUAAGAUGCACUAUAUUAGUGCACUGGUUACAUUGUGUGUGUGGUGUUGAAUGGUCUCUUGUUUCUUUUCUUUUUGAACAAAAAGGAGAAAACGUUUAGGUUGAUUGAACCUGCACUGAACUGCCAACCUGUUUUCAGCGGUCAGUUAACCAUUCAACAUACGUUCUCAUAGUUAUCUCUUAACUUUUGAUAAAUAGGAUGGAUAUCAAAAUGAAAUUCUCUUUCAUUUCACUGCAUGCAUCAGUGUCGACAUAGAAGAAUAGUUUCUUCUGCUUUAAGCCAGUUACAAAUAUCUCUACGUACAUGUGUGUCAGGUGAUUUCUAUAUGAAGAAUUGGCCAAAAUAUAGUUUCAGCAUCUAGUAAACGACUCCUCCCCCCACCCCCAAACACCUUCCUCUCGAAUGAGCACCCUCCUGCGAAUAAGACCCAUUCCUCUUAACCUUAAAAAUAAACGCCUGGAAGUGGGUGUCAUUGUUUUUUGGUCGGCGUCACGCGUCAACUGCAUUAAUACGUCAACACACGCCGUUCAUCAACAGCACAAAAGUCACGUGCGACUUCUCUGAAACCUAAGUGAUUUUUUUGUGUUUAUAGUUUGUCCGCAUGCAUGUUAUAAGAAUAGACAAAAUGGCCACAGCUGAAAAUUAUAUAACAUCACAUCAAAUUUCCUUCAAGAGGUUCAUCUAAAGAUAAAGGUCACGCGGAUUGCAUUUGGUGUUACUAGAAUUCCAUACCCUUUUCCCUCAACGGGCGCGGAUCCAUGCUGGGGUUAAUUUGUUACCUCACUGAAUUCUCGGCUAGAGUUUAAGAGAAAUAGACUGAAAUAAAAGAAAAACAAAGCUUUUUACCAGACACCUCACCCUAUUUAGUGACAUACUUCAUGAUCAAGGCUUAUUACCCGGCGGUUUUGACGCCUUCAAUUGUAAAGUAAGAGAUGCCGAAUGUUGCAUGCGAUCAUUUUGUGUUAUGAGAUGUCAGUUUCUUGCUCUGGAUAGAGUGAACGAAUUUUUAAGAUCUCGCAAACACGGUCAAAAGCUCGACGGAAAGUCUAGUUCGAUGACACAGCGGACGUUAUUUUAAAAGAUGAAUUAGUCGCAAGACUGCGGCUUUGGUCAGCGGAGAAAUCAAAACGUUAAAUUCAUGCAAUUUUUUUCGGGAACACCAUUGACGUUAGCCUGUGAACAGCAGACGCAUUUCCGGUCGUCGCUUCUCUCCCUCCCAAAAAUAGCGUCUGCGAACCCGAGCGGCAAAAUGAUUUCCGUGACGUAAAAACUUUUUAGCCAAUCACAGUUUAGCUCUUAAAAUCAAGGAACUAACUCGCGAGACUUCUCGCAAGAUCGUGCGCGGUGGAUGUUUACAAGUCGAAAUUGAAGGGACGACGUAGCUUGUGUAUAGCCGCCCUUUUUUCUUAGAACGACGCGUUUACGAAAGUUAAUUUGCCAGAAUUGUGGGACUGGUUGAUGAAAUAAGCAUCAAGAGGAUUCAUAUUGAAGAAAAGAUUAGAGGACAUUCCUAGGGAGUCAAUGAUUUAUCACACUUGGUUGUUUUGAUCAUAUUUGAAACGAUAAAUGUCCUAAUAACAGUAAUAAUAAUAAUAAUAAUAAUAAUAAUAAUAAUAUUUAUAGAGGGAGCCCAACUCGCCAAGGCGGUUUUCAGUGGGGCCCUCAUGCAUUAAUCUAACUAAUUAAUUAAUAAUUACGAAAAAAGUAAAAUAUGUUUACAAGUAAAACAAAUUUAAAAAUUUAAAAUCUUAAAAUCGAUUAUACAAAAAAAAAAAACAUCAAGGUUUAAAAUUAGCUGAGAUCUUUUAAAAAAGUUUUUAACUUGGAUUUAAAAAUAGAUAAAAUAUUACACUCUUUUAAAUCAUUUGGAAGGCUGUUCCAGUCUUUCGCGGCGUGAAAAAUAAAAGUUUGUUUACCCCAGUUUGUUCUGGGUAGGGGUAAGCGAAUAUCAUUAGAGCGUCUUGUAUUAUAUGAAUGAACAGCUUGACUUUUAGUAAAAUUAAAGCUGAAAUCGGUUUCUCCAAUAAGACACUUGUGGAUUGCAAUGCAGCGAUGAAAAAACCUUCUUGUGGACAGUGACUUCAAAUCUAGACUUUUCAGUGCUUCAGUUGACGAGCUUCGGGGUGGUUGCCCCAGCAUAACUUUAGCAGCUUUAUUCUGUAGAAUCUGUAAUUCUGACAUGAUGGUGUCAUUGUUUUUGUCCCCCCAUAUAACGUCUCCGUAAUCAAAAAGAGGGAGGAUUAGGGCAUUGUACAAGGCAACUCUAGCUUGUAGCGGCAAUAGAUUCCUGAUUCUCCUAAUUAGGCCUAUUCUCUGAUUAAUCUUCAUGCUGAUAGCAUCGACAUGAUCUGCCCAGGACAUAGACUGUUGAAGCGUUACGCCUAGGUAUUUGAAUGAUUGUGUUCUUUCAAUGCUAGUGCCCUCUACUUUAACCGAAAUGCCUUGAAUACGAUUCAGUUUCUGAGGACUUCCAAAGAUAACAAAAUUACAUUUGGAUAUAUUUAGUGUCAGGAGAUUUCUAGAGAACCACUCAGACACUGUCCCCAAGUCAGCAUUGAUGUGAUGUUCAAGAUCACUGAUGCUUUUGGAUGAGUAAUAGAGUACAGUAUCGUCUGCAUAAAGAAUAAUAUCGCUUGCCAGGUGACAGUCCGGAAGAUCAUUCACGUAAAUUAAAAAACAAUAAAGGUCCCAAUAUACUUCCUUGGGGUACUCCAAUAGGCAACAGUAAGAACAGUAGAAGUCAGUAGGAGCAUCAUGCCGUUUGUUGCUUCUAUACCUUUCUGGUCGAUGUUUAGACAAUGGCUAAAUUUGCAAUAAUUUUUGUCUACAGACAUAACAAAAAAUUAGCCGUUAAGUCACUUUGUAUUAUUAUUAAAGAAAAAUUUAGCCAUUAAUUAACGGCUAAAUUUUACUAUUUAUACUAACCAAGAAUUUAGCCAUUAAUUAACGCCUAAAUUUUCAUUAAAAAUCUCUACAAACGAAACAUUUAGCCAUUAAUUAACGGCUAAAUUUUAAUUAAAAUAAUAUAUAUACAAACGAAAAAUUUAGCCAUUAAGUAACGGCUAAAUUUUACUAUUUAGACUAACCAAGAAUUUAGCCAUUAAUUAACGGCUAAAUAUUCCCAAUACAUAAGGAGACAUCUAAACUUAGCCGUUAUUUAACGGCUAACCAUUUCCCACCAUAUAUAAUGCCGGUAGGGUCAGCAAACCUUUUAAAAUAGACCUUUUUACCGAUACGGCGGCCAUAUUGAAUUUAUUAGAUUUAAGGAGUAUUAUGGGAUGCCCAGGGGGCACUCGCUCAGUAUUUACGCGCGCUUUUCGGGAAAAAAGAGAUCUUCAAUGUAUAUUUCUCGGGAAAAAGGCGAUCAUUAUUACAUCCAAACACGGCACAACGAUUUUUUUCUCCCAUUACAAUCUUUUUCUAGGAAAACUUAAAGAAAAAUUGGCCCGAAACGCGCGCGUAAAUACUGAUGCGAGUAUUAUAUAUCGGAUCGUGCUCAUGCCCCCUGGGCAUCCCAUAAUACACCUUAAAUCUAAUUAAUUCAAUAUGGCCGCCGUAUCGGUAAAAAGGUCUAUUACGGUGGGGUUGGAAUAGGCUCUGAGGGUAUAAAGGCGAUCAUUGAAUUUGUGGCAUUCAAAUUGCUUUAAGUCGCUUAAAAGAGAUGUACUUUUUCUUCCAGGUUCCCAGAAACGCCCUCGGCCGACAUUUACAAUUAUGCUUGGAAAGCCAUUUAAACUUGGCUUGUAAAAAGCUGCAAUCCAUGGAAAAUGAAUUCACCAUAGCAAACGCAAGGCUUGAAGAACUGGAAUCUUCGACUCCAGGAAAUUACAACAUCGAGGAAUUAUUUGUGUUGAAGUUGAACGUCUUAAUAACUUUUUUUUUAAGUAAAUGAAUGUCUUGAUGGGGGAUACUCCGUUAUUUAGACUAAACGGUAAAUGCCACGCCCAACAGCGUGUGGUCUUCGCCGUCUCGCGAAAUUUUCUCUAAGACGGACAACUUUGGGACAGGCACUAUGCGUCGGUCUUAGAGAGAGUCAAAUGAGUUAAGGAAGGCAUGUGACCAACUUUCGGUUUUUGUUUUAGCGAGGUAUCCGUAUUAUAGAGAGUCGUCAAAGAAAUGUCUCAAGAGUGAUUAGCAGCAACUCUAGGGGUAUGUCCUAUAGAGGUGUCUGUCAAGAGAAAGGAGUUGUGUGUGUGCAACUUCAUAUUAUUUAGCUUCUCACUUAAAAAUGGUAACGUUCUUGAUCAGAAAGAGAAAAUGAACCACCAGGGACUCAAUUAACAAACUCUAGCAGUGACAACGCCUGGUGGUCACCCGUCCAUUCAAAACACUCGAAGCAGACACUUGUAACCAAAAAUCUUAACUUAUUACUCUUCAAAAUGAAAGCUAUAAAGUAGCACUCUGAGCGCUUUGUUCAUAAUGUGAUAUGCGGUUUAUUUGUUUGUUCAGCACUUAUAAAAAAGUCGACAUUGUUCCAAGGCUUUUGUUCUCGCAUGGUUGAACUUGAUAUGUAGCAACACUAGAUGGUCUUUUUGCAUAGUGGGUACUUUAUAUCAUUUUAAGAGAUACUUUAGCCUACUUGGUUAUCAAAAAUGUACAUAUUUUAGCCGGUCCCUCUUCCUCUGAGCAAUUUUGAAGCAAAUCCAUUUUCUAGAGUGCUAUCAAGGCCGAAGAAUACAUAUACGUCAAUGGCAACUGCACACAAAGAAAGGGAUGAAGUGACGUAGUGGCGUGACUUUUUAUGCUGUUAUACAGUUGUAAGUACUUUAAGCCAAUUUUCUCUGGGAAGCUGUCACUCUGCUGGAAAACUAACGAAAUUUAGCUAUAUCCGCCUAAAACAGAAAAGCAGCUCUUUACACACCGCAGACAGGCUGAAACUGAGGGUUACCAUUUGCUGUUUUGAAAGCACUGACAUUGCCAUGUUACUUAUGAAGUGGCGCUCACAGUAUCACAGUCUUCAUAUUCUUUAUACCAAGGACCAAGAAUCUAGAACUGUCUUCCUGUAUCUAUUACAAACCUGUCAAGCUUUUCUAUCUUUAAGAACAAAGCGCUAGAGUUUUUAUUAAAACAGUUACUGAGUUAGUUUAGCCGCACUCCUUCGUAGCCCUUAUUUUAAUAUUUUUGAUGUAGAGGUGGCCUCUCCUGUAAGUUUCUUGAGGUCUCCUCGCUUAACAUACUUGCUAUAUCCUCCAAAAUUUAUUCUGAUACAAAGGCUAAUAAAUGAUUAUAAUGAUGAUAGGAAAAUACGUAUACAUCAAUGGCAGCUGCAGGCAAAGAAAGUGAUUAAGUAGUGGCGCUUUCACUUUUUAUGCUGCUGUUAUUGUGGUGGUUUAAGAUAUUCAAAAGAUACGGGAUUGCUGGCCUUAUCCUGGUGUUCCUGUGCUUGUUUAGGCGCGAAUUCUUGUUUGUCUACCCACCCCACCUCCCCAAAAUGAUUUUUUAUGAUCUCUCUUGGUUGAGAGACUUUAAUGAAGCUGCUGAUUAAAUGCGAGGUUCUACUUUACAUAUAACGUUUUACCCUGAGGGUUUCGCUUUUGAAAUAGCCUACUGCCGGAGCAUCUUUGCAACAUGGUGGAAGCGCCACGCAACCUCCAGUUGCCUUCAGGUUACGACGAGGAGUUUGUCUAUGAAGUUGAAGAUGAUUUUAUUUGCUUGAUUUGUCAAUUGCCGUUAAAAAAGCCUGUUCAAACAAUAUGCGGUCACAGAUUUUGCAAUGCAUGCUUCGAGGAGCAUUUGAGAAGGUACGUCUAUUUAAAAUGACUGAAUUCUAUGAUAUGUUGAAAUAGCUUUGAUCCAAAACCUUGCUACCUUAAAGUAGAGUACAAACUCCGGCACUGUGUUUCAAUGGGAAACGCGACGCGACAAUACGUACAUAACAGUACGGAAAGUGAUCCCUUUUUACCAAGGUAAUUAGGCAAAUAACAGUCACCUCAGCUUAAACAAUCAUUUAGUAAGAAGGCCAUGUCUAUCAAUUUUAGUUUUUCAAUAGCAUAGAAAUGAAGCUGAAAAUUUGUUCGCGCUUUUUAGUGACCACUUUAGAUUAUGCUAUUAGCAUAUUGGUGAGUUAAGCUUGUUUUCUAUUUAUCAAAUUUUGGAAUGACAAAAUGUUUUCGUUUCCUCUGUUUAGAGAUGAGUAGCCAUUGUUCUGUGUCAUUGAUCUGUUCAGGAAUGCGGACAAUCUGGUUUCACGUGAUAGAUCAGCAAAUGGUUACUCUUGCGUAACCUGGCCUUCUAGCCUGCCGACGUCUCCCAAUUCCUUUGAAACAAAGCGAAAGCAAAGGGAAUGUAUAUCUCCCAUAAUACACCCUUUUUGCCCCCCAAAUUUUGCAUAAGCAUUAAAUUGUCUUUUAUUUCUCUUGGGAGCACUGUAAUACCCAAGAGAAAUCAAAGACAAAGGUUAUGCAAAUUAACGUUUUUGGGGGGCCGGGUGGGGGAGGAGCAACAAGGUGUAUGACAUGUGCAAAUAGCAAAUGCAGAAUUUGCCGAUUACAUUAAAUUAAUUGCUUGUAGACACAUUUACACUUUUAACACAGUAGCUUCUAACUCAAACUGUUUAUUGACCGCGCUCACUUUCAAAACGUAAAUUGUAUGUUUCCCUUUUUAUCUCGUUUUUUUUGGUAUAUUUAUUCAUUUUCUCAUUUUAAUUAUUGCCUCUCACACCGAAAAACAGACAAGAAGCUCAGAACCAGCCUUACACUUGUCCCGCAGAUAGGGAAGGCCUGAACCGAGAACGGGUAAAUCACUUUCAUUUACCUUCUAACCUCUUUGUCUAUUGCGUUUUGGUCUUCAGUGUCUAGCUAUUCUUUUUACUUAACCCUUGCUCGCAAAAUGAAGCAUACAGGGUAAAAAUGUGAAAGCAAGAGAUGAAACGAGAAAUUUUUACAAACUUUUAGAACAAGACAGUUGAAUCCACGCGUUGACAUUUUUUAUUCAUGGAAGUGCGAGAUUAACUUUUAAAGUAUUUAUUUCAAGGAAAACUAUCUUCAAAUAAUAAUCAUAAUAAUCAUCAUCAUCAACAACACAAAGGUCUCAUACGUUCUAAUCAAACGUUGACAGAAGAAAUAAAUAAAAAAACUGCCCUUUGAAUCAAAGAGAUUCAUAUUGGAUUGAUCUUGAGCACUGCAUUUAAUUUUCUUUCCAAUUAUACUGUAGGAUGUAUUUCCUGACAACGCAACAGGAAGGAAAAUUUUGUCAAUGAUGAUCAAAUGCCCAAGUGACGGUUGUUUGUGGACUGGUGAACUGAGAGACAAAGAGGUAAAAACCCAAGACAAGCUAAAGCAAAAAUUAUAUCGAAGGCGCCGGGUGGAUUCAGUUUGUGUCAAACAUGAUCAUUGAGUUGACCCCAUUCUCUUUCAGCCACCUUUGAAACUGAAUAAGUCAAGUAUUUUACUUAUGGCGUCACCUUGCUACGAGUUCUGAUGACUGAAAGUGUGGAAUGCAAAUGUGGAGGGGUAAAAGCUCGUAUUCGUAGAGACAGUUUUGGCAUGUGCAAGUCUCCCUGUCUGUUGCAUAAUCGUUUUCAGAUGAUUCAGCUGAAUUACAAAACGACAAAGCAGAGUUUUUACCAGGGCUUUUCGUCACGCUUUCUACAAAAUCAGACCUUUUUCUACCUUGUAUGUUUUGUUUUCCCAUUUCAGACCACGUGAUGAUACCCCAUAGAGCUGUUUCUCAAAAGUGACACAGGGAGUUAUUCUCAAUUAUUCGUUAACGAAAAUCCCCACGAAUGUUAGCUAAUUUCUUAACUGGCGUCGAAACUAAGACAUUUGGUAGUUCGGAACUCAAAAAGAAAAAUGAAAGAGAUCACAAGUCUCUAGUGAUCCUUCAAUUCUCACAAAGUUAUUAUUAUUUAAAACAGGCUCACCUGGAAGCUUGCCCGUUCAAAAUUGUUACUUGUAACAACGAAAAUUGUCAUGUGACCGUGAAAAGAAAAGACCUCGAACAACACGUGACAAACGCGUGCGAAUGGAGGAUCAUAGAAUGUGAAUACUGUGAAGAACCACACCCAAAGAGGCACUUGCAGGUAAGCAGAGUUUAAAUUAACACGUCUCUCGUUUUCAACCCCUCCGCCAAAGUUUUUCCAGUUGACAACGGAUACCUCUUUUGGUUGAUCUUGACUUAGAUGUGUGAGCUAAUUCGUUUCCCUUAUUGAAGUAGCACCGUAGUACGGUCUAGUACUGAAAACAACAAGAUUUCCCUCGGCUAACCACGGCCUGGAAAAAUGACGUUUUUCAGUUAAGUGAAAAAGAAUAAGUUACAUAUUUGUGUUUUUGCAGGAUCACUUGGAAAACUGCAGUAAGAUUCCGCUCCCUUGCCCCAAUAGCUGUGGAGAUGUAAUUCCUAGAGAAAUGGUAAUUAAUGCAUUCCAUUGACGUUUAAGUGGCGUCACUGUUAAGGAUCUGAGUAUAGCAUCAUCGCAGGGUUUCUACCUUGCGGGUAAGGCUGUCGGCUGUUUGUCUUGGCAGUUGCUUGUUUUAAAAGUUUGAAUUGAUUUCCCUUUUAAAUAGACAACAAAAACCUCAUAAUAAUAAAUAACGCAAAUUAUAUGUGGGCUCAGUUUUGCGGAAACAAAUCGCUAUGUUCGUGGCCUUGAAGCGUUGUGACUACCGUGAUGGAAGCGGCUGCAAAAACAUAGAUAAAUGUAGAAAAUGUAGGCUUGACAGGGACGUGAACUUUAGAACCCUUUUCUUCUGACCUAAGCGGCAGUCAGUCGUUUCGAGAGAAGCGGCGCGACGAGGAGAGCUCUUUCCACAAGAGCUUGAAACCGUUAAUCUCGACCCGACUGGAAUGCGCCGAAGACGCGUGUUAGAUUAGAAAAUGCUAUGCCAAGCACUGGGUCUUGAGUCAGUUAGCUGAUAUGAUUUUAUCCCUUUCCUUUAGAUUCCAAAUCACAUUGAUAAGGACUGUCCUUUGCUAGUCCCCUGCCCGUAUACUCAAAUGGGAUGCAACAAAAAGGUUUGUUGUUGAUCAUUGAAUACAAUAAUGAAUUUAUCAUAGAUUUGAAACAGAAUUAAUCAGCUGUACAUUUAGCAACAACGAUCUGCUAAAAAAGAUCACUUCUGACCGUUUUUCCGUUAUCAGUAGACGCCUUCUAGUUUUUUCACCUCUGAUUACUGAUAUCCACCCACAAAAGGGAGACAUGUUCUGAUUCCUCACUCCGUCACAUUUUUGAAUCCAAAAAUUUUAGGUUUCCUUUCCUCUACGAAAAAUAGCCUAACUUGGGAAGGAAUAUAUGAAAAUUAAACUUCAGAAAAUCCAGGGAAAUUAUUAGAUAAGCUUCGAAAAUAGUACAUGAAUUGAACGGUCAUCUAGAAAUUUUUAGUCGUCCUCAAGUGACAGCAAUUCUAAGCAAUAUUUGUUUCUUCGAACAGAAAACAGAAAACAGUCGUUGAAUGCCCCUGACUUAGCCAAUUACUAAGCAAAACACCAACAUUUAUAUGGUAUAAGACUCCAAAAAUUAUAAUCUAUUUUCAAUUAGCUAAGACGAUUUGCCUUCUUUUUUUAGUUUCUGCGCGAAAACGUGGAUUCUCAUCUUCAAUCAAACAUGCGAGAGCAUCUUGAAUUUGCUUGUGUUCAACUUAACAGCACACAGGUUCUGUUAAAUGAGCAACGAGUACAGUUAGAUAAAACACGAGUUCAUUUGGAUGAGACACGAGUUCAGUUGGAUGAGACACAGGUUAAUUUGGAUGCGACGCGAGGUCAAUUGCAUGGGACACGAAUUCAAUUAGUAGAAACACAAGCCAAAUUAAGCCGUUUAACCCAGGAUCAGUUAAAAAACACUAAAGAAUACCAGGAAUCAACAAGAAAACUUAAUGAGAAAUUGAGGGCACUUCAAAUGCAGAUCGGAAUGGAAGUGGAUACAGAUAAAGAUGGUGGCUGCAACAAACGUUUUGUUUGGAAGAUUAUAUCGUCCAUUGAAAGUUUGAGGCAAGCAAAGGAUGGAGUGAAGAAAAAGAUAGAAAGUGAUCCAUUCUACACUGGACGUUAUGGCUACAAAUUAAAAGUGUUUGCCCAUCCUUACUUCGAGGAACUGUCGUCUAUUUCUCCGCAAUUCGUGAUCGGUAUUGUUUUAAUGGAAGGUAAAUAUGAUGGCAUAUUACCCUGGCCUUUCAGCAGGAAAAUAACGUUCACAAUAAUUGAUCAAAACAGUGAUCUUAAAGAAAGGAAAAACUAUUCUCAUUUUUUUAGCCCAAGAAAACGGGAAUUAAAAGACAUGAAAUUCUUAGAAAGACCAGGAGGAAAAGUGAAGGCAGUUGAAAGUGAGCCACUGUUUUUCAUGCCUCAUAAGGUACUUAGAACAAGGAGCUACAUUGUAAAUGACACUCUGUUUCUUCAGGUCGAUGUAGGACCUGAUGACUAG